AUGGUAGUCCUUUUCGAAGAUCCACGUAAACUUCCUUUGGCAACAUUUUUAACGCAAGUUUUUAUUACAUUAGUUGUAUGUAAAAUUCUUGCUAAGUUACUUUCAUAUAUUCGACAACCACAAGUGAUUGGUCAAAUUAUUGCCGGAAUUCUUUUUGGUCCUUCUGUUCUCGGUCAUAUUCGAGGUUGGUCUGAAACAGUAUGGCUGCCAUCAAGUCUCCCAGCAUUUCAAUUGAUUGCUAAUUUAGGCUUACUAUUUUUUAUGUUUUUUUUGGGACUUGAACUUGACUUAGGCCAAAUCAAAAAUAGUUGGAAAACUACAAUACCAAUUGCAUGUGCAAGUAUUAUAUUUCCUGUGGGAAUCGGAUGUGCAGUAGCUUUAUGGUUCUAUGAUAUGAAUUCAAAUUUUCAAACGAAUAAAAUCGCAUUUAUUCUAUUUGUUGCGUCUGGUUUUGGUUUUUCUGCUUUUCCUGUUCUUGCUACGUUGCUCAAUUCAAAUGAGUUAUUGAAUAAACCAAUCGGUGUUCAAACAAUUUCUUUAGCUGCUGUUGAAGAUAUUGCUGUAUGGGUUAUUUUAGCGAUUGCUAGUGCUUUUUCAUCAGGCGAUUCAGCGCUUCAAGGUCUUUAUACUUUAUUGCUUACAUUAGCAUUUAUUGCGAUUAUGGUUUUUAUCAUUCGACCCAUUCUUAAGAGGCUUCAUGACUUUUAUUUACGUCAUAAUGAUGAUACCAAUGUUUACUUAGUUGUGAUAUGUUUAUUAUUACUUGUUGCUGCUGCAUUUACAACAGAAGUUAUGGGCAAUGGUCUAUGUCUUCCAAGAAAAGGAGAAUUAACUAACUUUUUGGGUUUACGUAUUGAACUUAUCAUUGUUGAAUUUUUUUUACCUCUUUACUUUGCUAAUAGUGGUCUUCGUACACGUUUGAAUUUACUUACUACAGGUCAAUCAUGGUGGACACUCGUUGUUCUUAUCUUUCUUGCUUCCAUUGCUAAAAUACUUCCUGUAACAUUGAUGUCAAAGCUUUGUACAAAAAAAUCAUGGUCUUAUUGUUCAUCAAUGGGUGUACUUAUGAAUACACGUGGUAUUGUACAAUUAGUUGUUUUAAAUAUUGGUGUUGAACUUAAAGUUAUUUCACCAAUUAUUUUUGCUAUAUUCGUUUUGAUGGCUACUGUUUUAACAUUUUUAACAUCACCAAUAGUAUAUUUACUGUAUCGACGAGGUGUUGAUAAGGAAAAAUUAUCUUCGAACGAUGUUACCGAAGAAUUAGAUACAGUUAGAGAAGAUCGUAAGAAUAUGGUUGAAUAUGAAAGUGCUAUUUACACAAUUUCAAAUGGUAGUGUAAUUGAUAAUGAAUUAAAUUCUUCAAAAGAUAAUUCAAAUGCAAAUCGGGAUCAGUCUGCAGUCAUUGACAAUAUUGUAAAAAUGCCAAUAUAUCCUAGACGAACUGUUAAUAUGACACGAUUUUAA